UUACAAACUCUCCACAUCACACUCUCCCUUUUGGCACUUCUGUGACAGUAAGUCCAUUAGAAGUCAGACUUAAGUUCCAGUUUAAAUCCUAUUUACUAUUAUUCAUACUUUAAACCUUUCAAUAUUAUUUAUCUUGCAUAAGACUCCUCAGAUUUAGAUCUUCCUUCUAUGAACGUUCCUGAUGUCAAAACAGCCUGUCCCAUCUGUGAGCAGUUCUACCCCCGUGACUUUGUGGAGAUCCAUGCAAGCUUUUGUGGUGAAAGAGCCAAUGAUAUAACCGAAACCAAUGUACUGAAUGAUACUGAAGAAAGUGAUGGAACAGACAUAUGUCCAAAAUGAUUUAAGGCACAUCAAGAGAUUAAAAGCAUUGCUGAUGUCAUUAAAAGCCUUUCUGAAAGGAUGGAUGAAACCAGCAUCUUCAGUAUUUGCAUUACCAGAGACCAGAUGCUUGAGAGAGGCCUAAAACAAUGGCAGCGACAGAAAAAAUCUUCCCCCAAAAAUCCUCUCAGAGUUUCUUUUAUUGGAGAGGCUGGCGUUGACAAUGGCGCUUUGAGGAAGGAAUUUUUAACUGAAAUGAUGACUGGAAUAGAGAAGCGGUUCUUUGAGGGAGGAGAAAAUGGCAAAACCCCUAAAUAUUCAAUGACGGACAUAGACAAACACAACUUCAAAACUAGUGGGGAGAUAUUUUCUGUCAGCAUCACACAAGUUGGGCCACCACCAAACUUUUUUAUGGAGUGGUGUUACAACUACAUAUCCUUCACCCCUACACUUCACCCUACACAUAAAAAAAAAAACUCUUUCUCCUUAUUUAUUCCUUCCCUUGCUAGCUUGUACUUAUUUAAACAAUGCCUGAGACUUGGUGUUACAAGCACUUCGUUUGUCGGAUUGCCUCUUCAAGAUUAAUCUCUUUAUGUAUUCCCCAAUUGUAAGUCGCUUUGGAUAAAAGCGUCUGCAAAAUGACUAAAUGUAAAUGUAAAUAUCCACGGGAGAAAUGGAUCCGGAAGUAAUAACUGAAAGGGACGUCACAGACCCUGAACUCAUGGAGCUAAUAAAAGAGAUUAAGGCAGCUGACCACACAACCCUGAUGGAGUGCACAGACAGGAUUUUGUUAUGUGGAUACACGGGGGCAGUGUCCAUUGAAAGGAAAGAAGACAUUAUGCGCUCUGUAGUCCUGCAUGCUACGGUUAGGUUACUUCCCAUGCUGCAACGAGUCUGCUCUGGCACGAAGCUCUAUGGUCUACUCACGUUGGUCCAGCAAGAUACGGACAUCUGCAGACAGCUGUUUGUUCCAGGAUCUUUUACCAAGGUGGACGCUGAUUUCCUUGUCAAGACACUAUCGCCUGUCUUGAGUGAGAACGGCACAAUGAGGCGUCAGAGAGAAUCAAGAGUGGUGAACUUUCUGCAGGACUUUGUACAAGAUGUGGAGGAUGAAGAAGAGGGCAAAAACAAUACAGAAGAAAUGCCUGAAGAGGAGACCAAAGAUGAAAAUGACAAGGAAGCAAGAAAUAUCAGUGGCUCUCCCAUUAAUGUCGCUAGGUUCUGUCAGUGGCUGACGGGACAAUCUCAUGUACCACGCAGUCAUGCAGACCGUGAAAAUUUCAAAAUUGUUAUGGAAUUUGAUCAUGAAUGCCAUGUGCGUUAUGGUACACAUAGCAUCUGCUAUCCUGUAGUUAAUGCAUGUUCUCGCUCUGUCACACUCCCAGUUUCACACCUUGGUACAUAUGCAGAAUUUAAAAAUGUGAUCUCACAGGCCAUUGUUCAUGGCUGUUAGAAAGAGAAUACUCUAGCUCACUUUCCGUAUCAUUGUUCAGGACUGUUCUAAAGACUCUUGUCAUGUUUGUUACAGAAGUCUACAAAUGAAGUUGAAUUUGAUGUUUUUAAUUUUUUAUUACAAUAUGAAGUGCAGUUUUGUAUGCAUUCGUGAACAAACCUUGUAAUUUAUAGUAGUACUUAUUAGAGUUACACAGUGCAGUUUUGAUGCAUUUAUAGUAUUUCUGAUGCUUUCCUUACUCUUUUCUUCUAAGAAUUCAGAAUUUUUUACAUGUUUU